ACUGUUGACAGAAAAACGUUCGAAAUGAAAAUGACAACAUCGCUGUUAAUUUUUUAGGGUAAAAGAUGAUCUUAAUUUUCACAAAAAAUGUAAAAAUUUCUGCUUUAAUAUAAGUAAUAAUAUUCGGCAUUUAGGCUUCGUUCCAUACACAAUACAGUUCAAAGUUAUCAUUCCAAAGCCAUAAAUUAUUUAGAAUAACUCGACCAAAAAAAAGAAACCACAUAAAAUGAGAUAUCAUCACUUAGUAUAUUAAAGCAGAUGCCAAACAGCACUCAAGUAAAAAUUUUAAGUUAACAUAUUUAUUAAAGAAGGUAGAAUGAAUGGAACUAUGUUUUUUGAUUCGAUAAACACCAGAGAUCAAUCGCUUUUUGCUUCAAUGAAACCUGAUAGUGGAGAAGUACGUCGGGCCAGUAGCAAACUGGAUAUAAAUGAUGAAUUUGUGGCUGUGCCAUGCUUAGAACUGAUAUCUAAAGGGUAUGAUGAAUUAAAAACAAAGAUUGAACAAGAUGAUAAUAAAGAAGAAACAUUGGGGCUUUAUCGCCCUAUACCAACGCAUAAUGAUGAUGACUAUUCUCCUUAUGGUUAUAGAAAUUCACCUGCGCAAGAUGUUCUCAAAUUCCAACCGGACAAUGAUUUUAUUCACUUAAACAGCCAAGCACUGAUGUUUGGGAAAUUUUCAGAAAUAUCCACAGAAGUACUAACCGCUCAAAAUGGCUUUGAACAAUCAUCAAAUAACAUUAAUGUACAAUAUUCCUAUCAUAGCAACUGCAGAAAUCAUAACAAUAAUCUCAACGUUAAGCACAAUGGACAAUUGGAUAAAUCUCGCUCUCCACAUCAAGAUAAUUCAACUGGUAGUAGCAGAGAACAUCGUAAACGAUUAAAUAAUUAUCGUCAAAAUGGUUGGGAUCCGAUGUUACGUCGAGUUCAUGGCCUCACUCACAGAUUUAAAUCCAAGUCGAAAGUAUUGAAAAUAGAUCCAAAUCCACCAAAUUUACUAAACGGAGGAGUGUACGAUCAGUUGAGCCAAGCCAUAUAUGAUGUUUUUACCAGUAAGGCCCAAACAACCGAUUCCUAUGAGAAUAAAAUAGAGAUCUGGAAAAAUCUGUUUUUAUACAUAAGGAGGUGUAUCAAUCAUUAUGCUUUGUAUAUUGUGGGUUCCACAAUGACAGGAUUUGGAUUAAACUCGAGCGAUAUAGAUAUUUGUCUACUAAUAAGGCCUUGCACUGAAGAUGCCCGUCUGGAUUCAUUGCACCAGUUGCAUCACAUCAAGAACCAUUUAUUAAAAUACAAUGUUAUCAUAGAGUCAGAGUUAAUCCUGGCUAAGGUGCCAAUUCUUAAAUUCCGUGAGGGAACUAAAGGCUUUGAAGUAGACUUAAAUUGCAAUAACUCAGUUGGCAUCUAUAACACUCAUCUGUUGUAUUGCUACGCCCGUUGCGAUUGGAGAGUGAGGCCCCUGGUCAUAAUGGUUAAACUAUGGGCUCAAGCCAAUAGAAUUAAUGAUGCCAAAAACUUGACUGUGUCAAGCUAUUCGUGGACAUUGAUGCUCGUGCAUUAUCUACAAUGUGGAGUUUCUCCAGCAGUGCUACCAUGUCUCCAUAGCGUUUAUCCGAGUCACUUCGAUGUGGAAAAAAUAAAAAUUAGGGAUGUUCACGAAGAUCUACACUUAUUAGACGAAAUCCAUUCUUUCAAUACACAAUCCCUAGCAGAACUAUUCAUUGGUUUUUUUGGAUACUACUCAAAUUUCGACUUCAACCAAUACGCCAUUUCGGUGCGAUCUGGUGGUAGACUUUUAAUAGAAAAUUGCAAGCAAGUUAAAGCCCCUAAAAAUGACCAACAUCAGUGGAAAUAUCUUUGCAUUGAAGAACCGUUUGAUUUUACUAACACUGCCCGAUCCGUCUACGAUAUUUUCGCGUUUCGUCACAUUAAGGCCAUUAUAACUAAAUCAUACGAGGAAUUGGUAAGAACAAAAUUAUUAAACAGCGUGUUGCCUGUAACUGUUAAUAUUGAUCCGAUUAUGCCAGCAUAUUGAAAUCAAUUCUCUAAUCGCAAAAGCUACAUUUAAAGGGGCAUAUAUAGAAAAAGAAAAUUUUUAAUUGCAUUAUUCAAAUUUCAUAGUUCAGCAAAGGACAUCGAUCAACGAACAGCGGAAGCUAACUAUCGUUGAAGAAAGUAAAACUCUAACAGCGUUUUACGGAAAGUAUUUCAAUUCCUCCUUUGUAUAUUUCCACUUCAUUUUGGUUUUUAAGACUAAUGAACAUUACAUUUACUUAAUAAAAUGAGCUGUCAUAUGUUAUGCCAUGCAUGCAUCGUCCAACUUUUUCAAUUUACUUUUUUCACUGGAAUAUGUUUAUUGAUUUAACAACAUAUUCACACUUUUCACUUCACUUGCAGUUAAAAAAAACCAACCCCGUACGCAUAUAAAAUUGGAAUUUUGAUCAGCGCUUGAUCCAAAAAUUCUUUGAAAUAUAAAAGCAACUCCAUUCAAUUUUAUAUGCCACAAAACUUUUAUGUGAUUAAUUCUCAUUUUGUGACAUUAAACAUCAAUCCAGAGCGGGAGGUAUAUUAUUCCGUACAAUUUCAAUGCAAAUAUGAACACUGCGUUGACUUAUUUAAGUAAAUUCGCAUGCAGUUUUGCAAAGUUUAACCUCUCUGUACAUUCCUCUAUUUUUAGAAAUUUAUUGAAAAAAUUGCACUAUGCUAAUUAAAAUCACAUUUACGUAAUCAAAUUGCAUUAACACUUAAUUUUCUGUAAUCAAAUACGUCGGUUUUCAUACCAGUAACUUACACCAUAUUUUUUGUUUUAUAUAAGAUUUUUUAAAGAAGAUGCAUGCCGGUCGCAUUGGUUCGAAUGGGCUAAACCAUUUGAUAAAAUAUUAUUUUUGGGGGCUUGAUCUGUAUAUAACGUUUUCAUGAAACAUGUUCUGUUCAUUAAUAUUUUUACAACUUUACGAUAUAAUUAUACUUUGCGUUGCCUCUUUAGUAUGGUGUGAGGGCUUGUCGCGUACUUAUCGUAUAUAUUCUCAAACUCCUUAAGCAUCUCUUUAUAACGAGUACAUUUGAAAGUUCAACUUCAUUCUAUGAGUGUUUGAUUUUCUGUCUUUUUGAAACAAAACUCAUACAUCUUUUUCUGCUCCAUAAGUGAUGAUCUUUUACCAGUCCGUAGUUCUAUAUGGUUGAACAUAAAUAGCUUUAAAAUGAUCUCAAGUACUUUAUUAAGUAUUUUCGCCUAAGUUAAUAAAAUAAAGCUAGGUACUUAAUACAUUGUUAGCGCAUUACUAUCAUCUCUAUGCUAAGUUCGAUUUUUUACCCAAAGAAGUUCCGAAAUAUGAGGAUAAUUACUAUGAAGUUAAAUUAAGAAAUAUUCGUCCGAAUCCUAAAUUCCAUUCGGCACCUUUAGUUAGAGAGUUUUUAUUUAUCUGCACUCUCGAAUCUUUUACAUUUGGAGAGGUCAAUUGAAAAUAUUAAUCCUUCAAGGAUGUGACACAAGUUUUGCUACUUGUAGGUUCCUGUGUGAAUGUGUGUGUGUGUUUGUGUAAGUACGUAUGUUUUGUUAUUAAGUAAAAAGUUUAUAAAAAAAAUUUAAAAAUGUUAAAAACUAGGUUGUGAUAUAUUUUUACAAACUCACUUCCUAGUAAUUAAAAAAAACUGUUAGGUUAUUAAGGAUUGUAUUUUUGUGCCAGUCUUAGUUUUUUCACUCAAAAGCUUAUCGUCUUCAUGUUUUGGGAACAGAUUCACUAAUUUGUGAAUUACAAUUAAAUGGCGAUAAGAAUACCUACAUACAGAGGGGGCUUUCAAGAUAGUGUAAUACUUCUACCCCUAAUGAAAUAAUAGGUUUUUUCAAGUCCACCUAUGAUUUUUUUGAUGAAAUAAGUGCUGUUCCAGUUGGCUUAUAACAACCAGGAACAACCAACUCUUUUAUUAGAACCUCACAUUUGUACGUUUCAUUAUUAACGUUCGGGGUGUUGUUUCGAUGAAGAUAACCAAAGGAUUAAUUAAGUAGCGAACUAUUACGCUUAGGAUGGGCAAGCGAGGCCGCUUGUUAAAAAAUCUGUCUAAAACCUGAUACAUAUCAUUGAGGGGCCGUAAAUAUUUCCUAGAUAUAAGUGUUAUUCUCAAAAUGAGGUCUAUUUGCAACGAUUGAUUCUUUGUUGAUUUUGUAUUCUUCUAUGUAAGGUAAAGUCGUUGUUAAGUAAGAUAUAAAUGUGAUUGAUUUUCUUUGCAUAUAAAGUUUGUAGUAAAAAAGCAGCAAAAAAAUUACAUAAAAAUUUGGAAAACAAAAAAAUACUGUUCUCAGUUCUCUACUUGCAUUAUUAAUAAUAAUGUCACUUUUGAUAAUAACGUGGUAACAAUAAUAUUGUAAAAAUGUCAAUAAUAAUUAAAUUUGAUAUUACAGAAUUGAAGAAAUUACCGUAAGAUAUAUAUAAAUAUGAAUUAAACUAUUUUUGUGAUGGUUUUGUUCUUUUGUGAUAAUUGUUAGUGAGUUUUUUUCAUUUCAUCAUUCUAUUAUAUUUCAGUAAAAAUGGCAAACAAUCUACAAGGUUAGUACAUUUCUAUAUUUAUUUUGAAACCAUCAUAGAUCAUUCUGCGUUCGAAUUCAAUUUCAACAGAUAGUUAAUGAGAUUACUCUGGAGUAAUCUCUGUAAUAGUUUGUCCAUUUUUACCGAAAUUAGUUUUGCUAUUUAGCAGUUUGUGCCAAAUAACUUACUUAAUUAUUUACCUUAGUUUUUAAGGCGUCCAGAUUCUUUAAUAGUCACCACUAUACAUGACUUGAUGAAUAAUAUAAAAUACAUGUUAAGACAAUAUUUAAAAAAUUCGAACAAUAAUCUUUACAAUAAUGGAAAUUUUGAAAAAUCUAUUUUAUUCGGUUAAUAUAUUUCAUAAUGGUAAGGAUUGGAUUAGGAUUAAAGAUAUUUAAAAAAUCUUCAUGUACUGCGGCUUGUCUUCAAAUAGUUUUAAACUUCUCAUGCGUACUUGUAACCCAUUUUCGUUUGUAUUGAAAAAUUCUAAUAUUUCAAAGUAGCAGCUAAAUCAUAAUUUACUAGUGUCUAUUUCUAAGCAGCAAAUGUGAAUUAAAUAAACGUGUUAGAGACGCUAUUAAAGGAAUUUAGUCGUAAACAUC